AUGCAACAACAGCAGGGACAACAUCAACAACAUGUUGGCAAGAAGGAGGAAAAUGAUCACGACGAUGAGGAUUCAAUCAGUACCAACAACAAUAACAACAACAGCAGCAACAGUAGUCAAUUCAACACCAGUGGUGCUGGUGGUGGUAUAAUAUUACCUGAUAUUUCAGAGUCCAAACAUGAAGUCACCUCUCCAUUGAUAUACAAUCAAUAUGGCCAAGAACAACAACAACAACAAUUUGGUCAAUCAUCGUCAACUCCGAAUAGUGCACGAUAUGUUACAUCACCCGAACCCGAACCACCAUCUGCGCCACCAGCAAUCACCAGUCCUGAGAUACCAGACAUCUUAUGUACACCAGGCACUAGGGCACCCUAUAUCAUGGACAUGCCAAACAUUGUAAUAUCAACAAUGUUGGGCAAGGCACACAAGGACGACCCCACCUCUGUCAUAUACACCAACACCACAUCGGUCUGCAAGAAAUGGAGGGAGUUGUCCGUGGCCAGACUGAUGGACUAUGUCUACCACCUGCCGCAGGAUCGACGCAUCACCAACUUUUUCAACUCGAUGGCCAACAAUUCCUAUCCCAACCUACACACACUUCACUUCAAAGUGCUCACUCCAACGCUGUACGACGUCAGUAACUUUGUCCGCCUCAUUCUCACUCUCAACAAAACAAUCACAUCGUUCGAGUUGCCACAGAAUGGCAUUGGAAACAAGGCGGCCACUGUGAUUGGAACAUGUCUAGCCAACAACACCACACUUACUCGACUCAAUCUCUCGUUCAACUCUGUUGGCAAUGAGGGUGCCGAGGAGAUUUCCAAAGCACUGGCAACCAACACCACUCUUCUCUGUCUGGACCUCUCGCAAAAUUGUAUAGGACUCAAGGGCUCAAAAGCCCUGGCCACCGCCAUCCAGACCACCACCACACUCCAGACGCUAAACCUCUCCAAGAAUAGAUUCGGCACCAAGGGCAUCGACCUCAUCACUGAAGCCUUUGGAAAGAAUUCUGGCCUGAUCAACUUUGACUUCUCCAAGAACGAGCUCACUGACAAGAAUGCAAAGAUAUUUGGCGAGGUCAUAAAGCGCCAUCCAACGCUCCAGCACCUCAAUCUCUGCGACACCUCACUGAAAGCAGAGUCCAUGCGGUACAUCUGUGAGGGUGUCCAGGUCUGCCCCACCAUCCAAGGACUUGACCUCUCACGAAAUGAGUUUGGCUUCAAGGGUAGCAAGAAUCUUGCCGUUGCCCUCCAACAAAGCUCACUCACCUUCCUCGACCUGUGUGGCAAUGACAUUGGAGACAAAGGAGCUGUGACCAUUGCCGAGGUACUGGCCGAGAAUAAGACACUGACCAAUCUCAGUCUGGCCUUCAACAAUAUUGGCUCACAAGGCGCACAGGUACUGGGCAACUCGAUAAAGACCAACAAUGCACUCACUCAAUUGGACAUUUCAAUCAAUGCCGCCAUCGGUCCGAUUGGUGCCACAGCCAUCAGUGAAGGACUGUGCUACAACAAGAAACUGACCUACGUAUCGUUCUGCACCAAUGGAUUCGGACCACAGGGUGCCAAGGCCCUGGCCGAGUCACUGCGCUACAAUCAGACCUUGACCAAAAUAGAGCUGCGUGGUAAUGAGAUUGGUGAUGAUGGCUGCAAGGCCAUAUGUGACGCAUUGCGAGGAAAUACGUCAGUAGUGGAGAUCAAUCUAUCAGCCAAUGGCAUCACUAACGAAGGCUGUCGGUCAUUAUGCGAAGCUCUCUGGUACAACCGCAAUAUCGAAUCAUUGGUGCUGACACACAACUCAAUCAAUCAAACUGGUGUCCAACUGAUGAAGGACACUCUUCAACAAGGAUACAUUGUCACAGUGGACACAUAUACAUAUCCGCCACAGUCUCAGACCACCUUGUCCAAUCUUUACGUCCACCGAUCGAGUGGCAAGAUAUGUCGAGUUGUCAUUUAA